ACAUGUAAUGGACGUUGAUGACAAUGACUUGUCUGAACUCUCGGAAGUCCAGCCUUGCUUUAUGGUAAUGGACUCACAGCCUGAUGAAUCUCAAGUUCAUGAUUACCAUAGUAACCAUAGCUAUUACCGGAAAUCUUUGAAUGCAUUAACUGCUCUGAGUGUGCGACCACAGAGUCCUGUACUGGGUUUGAUAACAGCCACUAAAAUGACAGAAGAUGAUGAACUUCAGCAAAAUGAAGGCCAGGCAAAUGAAGAAAACCCUCAACAACAAGUAAUAUUUCAAGGUGAUGGUCAUAAUGAGGGGUCAGAUGGUGAUGAGAAUCACAGUAGCAGUUCAUCUGUGCCAAAGUUGAUGAGACCAUCAAGUCAGGCAAGUAGUUCAUCAAGAAGAAUUCAAAUAUCUGAUGGUGAAAAUUCUAGUCAACUGAGCAUACCACCUCAUGAUGGUUCUGGUCCUGUGAGUGACACAAGGACUCUAUCAAAUAAAACAAGUCCAACAAAAACCUGCACUUCUGACAUGGAUUCUGCUUCGGACAUAGCUGUGAUCAGAAGUCCAUCUAAAAAAUCACAUAAGAAAUCAGAAAAGGAGACUGAGUUUCCAGUAAAACCGCUGUCUGUGUCAGUUGCAGACUCAAUAGCGGUAAAUGAAAAAACUCAAGACAUUGUUUCUCCACCGACAUUGAGAAGAGAAGCCUCCAGUUUAGAUAAUACUAGUACUGAUACAGUUAGUAGUACUUUGUAUCCAGGCAGUACUAUCUCUAGUAGCAGUACAACACUAAACUCAUUCAAUACUACGUCAUCUGGAAGUCUUGAUCAUGAACACAGACGGCCAUUAACAUCAACACAACUUGAAGGAACACAAAAAGAAGCAGAAGUGAUUUUGCUCUCAUCUGUGGAAGAGGAAGAUGCAUGUCCAUCCCAACAGGAUAUGUUUAUUGCAAGUCCUGAUUAUGAUGAACAAGAUUUUUCUCAUCACAGAAUAUCCACACCAUCCGUUACUAUUAGUUCACUUCAUCUGUCAGGAAGGAGGACAUUUGUCCCUGAAACCAGUACAUCUGAAGAAAUUCCACCCAGUCCUGAGGCAUUUGAUCCCAACCCUAUUCUGAUAGCAGACUCCCCUACUGAAGGACAGACAGAGUCCGGUAAAAGUGAUAAUGAGAUGCAUGACGUGAUUGAUGCUGAUCAAGAACAAGUUGAUCUACAGAUUCCAAAAUGGCAGCAAGUUUUAAAUGAAGAGCAGGAAGUUUCUAGUAGUCAUAGCAACAGUGGAACAACUUCAUCUGGAACAUCGUCUUCUAUCUCGGCUGGGAAUUCCCUAGAAAGUAGAGUGUCCUCAUCACUGCAGGCACAAGUGCAAUCAAUGCCAUAUAUUACAACCGAUGAAAGUGGUCGAAGCAGAUCUGCAUCACUUGGAAGACAGAAAGAUAUAACAACUAGUUCCUCUAAGAGUUCUUCUGAAAAUGAACAUACCCACCAUCCAUCACCAGAGUUUGCUUCUGUCAACAAGCCAAUGAAAAUUAGGAAUGAGAUGGAGAAAAGCUCCGCUCAGAAUGAAAGGACACAAUGUCAAAGUUCAUCAGUUCAGUGCUUGGAUAAAACUGAUUCACAGCUGAGAAAACCAAAAGAAGUUCCUAGACUUGAAGAACCUGAAUUGUCUGAGGACUUAUUCCAUCCUACUCCGCAAAAAUACACAAAGACAUUUGAUCCAGUUGUAAAUGCCCAUACAAGAACUGUAGUUUCAGAAUCCUCAGAAGCCCCCUCUUUAGGUCUUUAUCUUUCCAGUAGCCAUGGUUACAGUGAAAGAUAUUCUAUGCAUAGCAAUCUGGAAACAAGGACUUCAUCACAUCAGAAGACGAAGACUGACGCUGUGAUGUACGAUGAGGAUGAGGAGAGUGAAGGAUGGUGUCUACGAUAUACACAGUCUCAGGCUGAUACUGAAUCUCAAAGUCAAGGAUGGUCAAAAUCUCAAGGUCAAGGAAGGUCAGAGAGAAUAGCAGAGGAUAAUGAGAGCUGUGAGAUUGUAGAACACUGUGUUCCGCAAUUUAGUAGUUCUUCAAAGACUUCCAGAAUAAUUGAUUCAUUGAGUAGAGACUCCCCAAGUCAGUCAUUAUUAGCAGAACCUGUUCCCAUGGAAAUAGCUGAUGAGGGAACAAGUUCUUUUCAAAUGAUGGAAGAGUCCGAACAAUCUGUCGUUGUAGAUGAUGAAAGGAAAUCAACAACGCCGAAUCAGUCGGUAACAAAGGACACACCAGCUGUGAGUCCAGUAGAGCAGUCCUCUUUACAUGGAGAUGGUAGAGAGAAUGAGAACUCAGAACGCACGGAAACUCCUGCUGUUGUUGAAGCCUGUCAUGACUUAGAUGAACCUGUCUCAUCGUCUGUUGCCACAGUAACAACUAAGAACAAAAGGGAGUUACAAUCAAUGGUACAACAAGGCUCUGAACAUUCUGUUGGGUUCCGAUUUAAUCUCCCCUCUGAAGGACUUCUACGUCCUGUCAGCAGUGCAACACCACCAUCUGUAAAACUUAGGGCUCGGAAACCGCGACACAGUACUCCAUUGGCACUGUCUAGGCUAUCAAAACAGGAAGAAACAACAGAGGAGAAAAAAGAGGAGCCAGUUGCUGCGAAAGAAAGCACUGUAACAGUAAAAGAAGCUAUACUUGAUGAUGUUCCUUCUCUUACGGUUGGUGUGGCAGGACCUUCACAGGACGAAAACACUGACACCCCAGUUUUUCAUUUACAAAAACCAGAGUCUGCUGAGCAUUCCGUUGAAAAAGAUCAAACACAGUCGUCUGGUGAAUCAAUUUUUACCAAGAUUAAAGAAUCCAAAAUACCUGGACCCAAAGAAUGCCAAGACUAUGAGAAAAGGAGACACUCGGAUGAAAGUGAUGAUCCUUUUGAUUUCAAAUCAAGUAAAAAUGGUAAGCUGAAUAAAAAACGACGAAAAGUGAGUAGCAAGAGUAGCAACGAGAAAGACAUAAAGAUGUUGCAUGAAAGAGAAAGUUUCAUACAGCCUGAGAAUAGAGGAAGAGACUCAAGUGAUGCAGAUGAGAAAGAUGAAGAGGAGAGUGAUAAUUUGAUGAAGAAAUCUAAAGAGGAAAAUGAGCUAAAAGAAACUCUGGAAUCAUUGGAUUUGUUUGAAUCCCAAGAAGUGGGCAGAUCAAAAAGGAGGAAAGUUGUGAAAUUGAUUGACAGUCAAGAUAGUGAUGUCCAUCACGAUGUUGUUGCCAUGCCAACACAAGACAGUCCUAGACUUAGUUUAAGAUCAAUUAAAUCACAGGAAGUACAACAGAUUGAAAGUGCUGUGCAUUCUAAGAAAAUUCAGAAUGCAGAGAAACAAACAACACAAGAAAUGCAGGAUGGGGGAAGCUUGAGGAAAGAGGGGUCUUCUUGUGAUUACAACAUGGAGGUCUUGACAGAACCAGUCGCAGAGGAAAAGACGAUCCUUGAGAAGGAUAGCCAUCCAAAAAGCAGAGAUCCAUACAUCUUUUCAGACUCGCAGUCCAACAAAGUACCAACACCAAAAAAAAAAGUCAGAGAAAAAACAGCAGCAGGUGCUGAUGGUGACCAUAAUGGGAAUCAUAAUGGUCACAAUGACAACAACAACGGAAAUAAUGGUAAAGAUAAAAAGGAUGACAGGGCAAGUGAUAAGCCAGGUCAAAGUUCACAACAACCUGCAAAGAGUAGAGGAAAUGAUCAUCCUUCUGAUAAGGAACCUGAGAAUGACGACAAUCACAUUAAAACCAGUUUGACUCAUCGAAAGGUUACCCGCCGAACUGUAAUAACAACUGUUGUAACGGUGAAACGUAUCAUUACUGAAGAAACUAUUGAUGAACAUGGAAAGGUUAUAUCCGGGAAUGUUUGUGAGGAAAUGGACGAUCCUAUUAUUGAACAACAUAGUAGUGAGAGGACAUCACCAAAUGGGAUGGGAUUACGUGCUACUUCAAUUCAUGAUGCUGAAAUUGAGAAAACAUUAUUACUGGCCAAGUCGGGAAUGGAGUCAAAUGUACAAACUACGCUAUCAACCACUGGUAGUACAUGUAUGAGUAGUAGCUUAUCUACAACGGCAUCAAAAAUAUCUACAUCGGGUGAAAUGGCCGAUGUCAGCUCAUUGUCCAAAACAGGCAGUUCUCUCAGUUUACAAAAAACCAGUUCCAGUAGCUCAAUUCCUGGUGUAAGUCUCAGUCUAUCUAGUAUCUCUCGUGGUGAUAGUUCAACGGGUAAAAUCUUGAGUAGUUCAAGUUUGGAAAAAUCACCAACGCUGUCUAAAGGGGCUCUGAGCUUGGAAAAAACAUUGUGUAUUGAUAGGUCAUUGUCAUCAGGGGCAAGCUCUUAUACAUCGAGUACUAGUUCUAGUACUCGUUCCUCUCCAAGAAAAACAUCGUUGGUUGUCUCUCCAAGUGGUCUGAAGGCAUCAAUGUCAGUAAUGUCACCUGUGGCGUCGUCUACCCAAAAAGAGAAUGGUGCAAUCUUCAAUAAACCAGUCAGGACCUAUAGCAUGAAGAAACAAAACUCAAAUGCAUCAUCUGAGCAGGAAGCACUGAAAGAUGAUGUGGUAACCAUGGAAACAGAACAUACAGAUGAAAAGAAUGCAACUUCGGUACCCGAAGUAGCUCAAGGCAGUGGUGGGAAACCAAAGAAAAAAGGACGGGCUGGUGGAAAGAUUGUGACAACUCCACAGAUUGGCAAGCAGACGAAUGUCAAUAAGUCCACUGCCAGAAGGCGUUUGAGUGCCACGCCAAGAGAGGCUCACACUAGUUCAUCUGAUGGUGAGAAAGUAACAAAAACAGUUGGACAACGAAAGAAAUCUCUUGGGGAAGUAGUCAUGGGGUUAUCCCGGAAAGACAGCGCAUCAACGAGUAUGGCGUCUGAGGCAUUACCACAUUCUACAGAGCGCACACAGACUGAAGAUUGUCUUCCCGACUUAGUGGCUGGAGUUAGGGUGUUUACAAGGUGGCCAGAUGGAUAUUACUAUCCAGGCAUUGUGGUGAAGAAGGAUGAUAAAAAUGGCAGAUUUAUUGUAAAGUUUGACGAUGGCGAUACAAGACCAGUCUCUGAAAAAAACAUAUUUAUCAAAGAAUGGUUGGAUAAACAUCAAAGCGUGAUGGCGAUGUCUUCUGAUGAAGAAUACUUUGAACCAGGUAUAGUUGUUGGUUAUUAUAAAGAUAAGGACACAGAUGAAGAAGGCUAUGUCGUCGAGAAAGAUGAAGGUCAUACAAAAAGGUACCCAAGAAAAAAAGUUAUUCUGACUGCUGACCAAGCACACAGUUACAUUGCCAACAAGCUCAGUACUCCAAGUAAGACAUCAGCCUCUGUCAGUUUAGAUAAUUUAGUAAUUGGCAAAAGGAGUAGAAGUGGCAGUUACAUUCCAACUAGAAGACGAAUAAGAAAAACUAACAGGACAACAAAUAUCAAAACACCUGAAAAGGUUCAAGAGUCAGUGAAACGAAAACUUGACGACGUUACAGAUGAUGCAGAAAAAGAUACUCCAAAGAAAAGAGGGAAACCCCCGAAAACAAAAAUUCCAGUUGUGGCUGGUGAAGCCACAAUUCCAUCAGUUGCUGCACCUCAAAGUCCAUCAGUCACAUCUCUUAGAAGGUCUCCUAGAAAAACAAAUAUGCCAUCACCUGCACGUGUCUCGCCAUUAAAAAGUGUGACUCAGAUUCAAGAGCUGCCAGGACCAUCAAAGGCAGAGCCAACAAGAGCUUUACGAUUCUCAUCUCCAGCAAGAAUGAGUCAAACAACAAAAGUGAUGGACACUAUCUCGGCAUCGAAAAAUUUAUUUAGUGCAUAUGCUUUUCUCUUGACCUGUGGAGAAAAGAAAAAAUUUGUAAAGCCAAUAACUUCCCCAGGAGAGUCUACUGAUGAAAGUGUUGCAGAUGAAGAACCAGAUAUUCCUUUCGAGAAGGAAGCUAUUAAAAAACUCAUAAAAGAUGGUGGAGGAAAAGUUCUCAACAGUUUUGACGAAGCUGUGACGUGUCGCUGAAGGUCUAUUUACUGGCAAACACAUACUGCAGGACAAAGAAGUAUUUCCAAUGUUUAGCAGCUGGUAUUCCUUGUGUUUCCUUUUUGUGGCUGAGUUACAGUUGUAAACUGAACAAUGUGCUUGAUGUUCCAUCCUAUUUAUUACCGGCUGGUGAAAACAUUGAAACAGAGACAGUUAUGGAAUUGCAACAAACUCAGAAUAUAUUUGAUGGUAUUCGCUUUUUGGUACUGUCUAGGAAUUCUAAAGAUCCAGAGUAUGAACACCUUUGGCGUUCUAUACUUGUGGCAGCAAAAUGUAAGAAAGUCGUUAUUCUGCCGCAGGAUUUUGACAUUUCCAAGAAGCCCAGAACAUCACUGAAUUUCGACAUCAUCGUAGCCGACCACACACUUCCACAAAAUCUAGAAGACAAAGCCAAAGAACUGCGGAUACCAAUUGUGUCGUGCGAGUGGGUAAUCCAGAGUCUGAUAUGUGGACAGCGCAGGAACUUUCAGGAGUCAUCCAAAAUAUGAUCAUAGAUUGGUGCACAAUUGAAUCAGAUAGCUUAUUUUAUAAGUUUCCAAUAUUAAUUUUUUAUUGUCAAAUAAGAAUUUUUAUGAUGUUCAACUUUUUCAUGAAUUUGUGAGACAGCUCCCCAACCCGCAAACAAAAAGCAGCAAUCGACAUAGAGAAAAGGUAAACACUACCACGUUGUCAUACUAACAUGAGAUAUUUACAAAUUGAAAAACUUACAACUAUGUCGAUGGUUAACCUGUAACUUGUAGUACUGUACUAUGUGUUUGCCA